AAUGCACCAUAAGGACAAAUACGAAUUUCAGUCGUUUCUAAUGACUUAUCGAUAUCGGUUAGACGCGUAAUUUUUAAGUCGACUGUUGUGUCUGGCUGAUAUCAUCGACACGAUGAUUUCUGUAUGCAAAGUAUAAUCGACAAUGCUAGCUGUUAAAUAUGACUAACUUGACGCGAAGUACUCCUCCGGCAAGCCCCCACAGCAGUUGUUGACAGAUAAGGGAAGAUUAUGUGAAGUGGAGCGGGGCAACUGUGUGAAUCAACGUGUCUGUGACAACGUGAUCUACACACCAAUAGCGUCAUCGGUGCAGUCUACAAUUGGGCCCCCCUGGCUUCUUUAGCCACAAGGAAGGACCACAAUGCUGUGUUGGGGCAAUGCCUCCUAUGGCCAGCUCGGUUUGGGGGGCAUUGAUGAAGAGAUAGUAGUAGAGCCAAGGAAAUGUGACUUCUUCCAUGCGAAGCGAGUGCGCGAUGUAGGCUGUGGACGCAAGCACACAGCCUUCGUGCUGGAGGAUGGCACAGUAUACACAUGUGGCUGCAAUGAUCUUGGUCAACUGGGCCAUGAGAAGUCCCGGAAGAAACCAGAGCAGGUUGUGGCUCUGGAUGCUCAGAUCAUAAUUGCAGUGUCUUGUGGAGAGUCGCAUACACUUGCCUUGAAUGACAGCGGGCAGGUUUUCUCAUGGGGCCUUGGCUCAGAUGGGCAGCUGGGCUUAAACAACUUUGAAGAAUGUGUUCGUGUGCCUAGAAACAUCAAGACUUUGACUGAUGUUCAAAUCACUCAGGUAGCCUGCGGGUACUGGCACUCACUAGCACUUUCAAAAGGGAGCCAGGUUUUCUCCUGGGGUCAAAAUCGAUAUGGACAACUCGGCCUUGGAGUAAACGGGCAAAGCAUUUCAACCCCUCAAAUCAUUCAGUCUCUGCUGGGCAUUCCUUUUGCUCAGAUAUCAGCAGGUGGCGCUCACAGUUUCACCCUCACUCUCUCUGGAGCUGUGUUUGGUUGGGGCCGUAACAAGUUUGGUCAGCUUGGUCUCAAUGACAGCAAUGACCGGUGUUUUCCAACCCUGCUGAAGUCACUUAGAUCGCAGAGAGUAAUUUUUGUCUCCUGUGGAGAAGAUCACACAGCAGCCCUAACCAAGGAAGGGGGUGUCUUUACAUUCGGAGCAGGAGGAUAUGGUCAGCUGGGGCACAAUGCCACAAAUCAUGAAAUCAACCCUCGGAAAGUGUUUGAGCUCAUGGGAAAUGUAGUCACACAGAUUGCAUGUGGAAGGCAGCACACGCUGGCUUUCACACCCUCAUGCGGAAAGAUGGACUCAUUUGGUCUUGGUGGAAAUGGACAGCUUGGUACACGCUCCAGCUGCAACAGGAAAAGCCCGGGCCCCGUCAAGGGUCCCUGGAUACACUCUGUUGAUUCAGAUGAUCAAGUCAUGAAUCAGAACUGUUGUAUCAAGAAGAUUUAUGCCGGAGGAGACCAAAGCUUUGCUCACUAUUGUAAUACCAACAGCCUGCAAAACAUUGAUCAUGUGACGACACCAGAUGCCCAGCGAAGACUUUGUACUGUGAAUGAGGAAACCAUCCAAAGAUGGCUGAACCAUUCGCCCGGAAGAGUCCCGCUAGAAAUCUCCAAUGAGAUUGACCUGGUGUUCUCAACUGCGAGCUGCCUCAACGGGUCCUUUUUGUCUGUGAGUCAUCCAGAUCACUACAGUACCAGCAGUAAAUGUUCAGGGAUCGAUAUGAACAUGGCCCGUCUCCUAUUUCACAGACUGAUUACACCAGACUACCCUGAGAUUGCCCAACAGAUUGCUGCAAGUAUGGAGAAGAAUCUAAUCCCCCGACUAAGCAACUCCCCUCCAGACAUAGAAGCACUGAGACUCUACCUCACGCUUCCAGAAUGCCCUCUCUUCAGUGAUCCGAACAAUUACGUGACUAUCUCCAUCCCAUUUGCCAAAUCACUGCUCAGCCUGAAAGAAGCGCCGCUUAAAGUGCUAGGAAACUGGUGGUCCACGUUUGAGCCCCAAGUCUUCCAACGGCUGGUCGAGUUGUACAAAGAAGUGGUGGUGUACCUGCUCCAGAUGCACAAGGUCGGAAUCCCAUCAACAGAGCAAAGAAUUUUCACCUGUUUUUUGGACACGUCACUCCAGCUGCUCGAGAUCCUUCACAUGGUGAAUGAGCGAGGCGGACACAUUAUACAGUAUGACAAAUUCUACAUUCAUGAGUUGGAUGACUUGAUAGACAUCAGAAAUGACUACAUCACUUGGAUUCAGAGACAAAUGUACCCAGGGGGUCAUGAUGGUGUGGUGACUAUGUGCAGGUAUCCCUUUGUAUUUGAUGCCCCGGCAAAGACCACUCUGCUACAGACUGAUGCGGUCUUACAAAUGCAGAUGGCAGUGGAUCAGGCUCAAAUGCAAAACUUGAGUUCCAUGUUCCUGCCUGCUGUGGAAUCUGUAAACCCAUGCCUCAUCCUCAUUGUCCGGAGGGAAAAUAUAGUUGGAGACACAAUGGAAGUUCUCAGGAAGUCAAAGAAUGUCGACUACAAGAAGCCGCUGAAGGUUGUCUUUGUGGGAGAAGAGGCAGUCGAUGCAGGAGGUGUAAGAAAAGAGUUCUUCCUCCUGAUUAUGAAAGAGCUGUUGGAUCCAAAGUAUGGGAUGUUCCGUUACCAUGAGGAAUCCAGGCUCCUCUGGUUUUCAAGCAAGACUUUUGAGGACAUCGAAUUGUUUAGCCUCAUCGGAGUCAUAUGCGGUCUCGCCAUCUACAACCUCACCAUUGUGGAGCUCAACUUCCCAGUGGCCUUGUACAAGAAGCUUCUGAAGAGGAAUGCCACGUUAGAUGACCUGAAGGAGCUCAUGCCAGAUGUGGGAAGGAGUCUCCAGCUGUUACUCGACUACCCUGAGGAUGACCUUGAGGAAACCUUCUGCUUGAACUUCACAAUCACAGAGGAAAACUACGGUGCUACAGAGGUGUUGGAACUCAUACCGAAUGGUGAAAACAUUAACGUGAAUAAAUCCAACAGGCAGGACUUCGUCAAUGCAUACGUAGACUACACAUUCAACACAUCAGUCGCCCCACUAUUUGAAUGCUUCUAUGCAGGCUUCCACAAGGUUUGUGGAGGCAAAGUUCUGGAGCUGUUCCAGCCCAAUGAACUGCAAGCCAUGGUGAUUGGCAACACCAACUAUGACUGGACUGAACUUGAAAAGAGCACUGAAUACAAGGGAGAGUACUGGGCAGACCAUCCCACCAUCAAGCUCUUCUGGGCAGUGUUCCACAACCUUCCUUUAGAGAAGAAAAAAGAGUUUCUCUUGUUCCUCACAGGAAGUGAUCGCAUACCCAUCUUGGGCAUGAAAAGCCUUAAACUAGUGAUCCAGCCGACCAGCGGGGGAGAACAUUAUUUGCCCGUCGCCCACACGUGCUUCAACUUGUUGGACCUGCCCAAAUACACCAAUGCAGAAACACUGCGUGAGAAGCUUCUUCAAGCUAUAGAUCAUAAUCAAGGCUUUAAUCUUGCAUGAGGCCACUUUGAAAGGUCCAAAUGAUCAUGUCCAAAAUGACAAUGGCCACCAUGUUCCCGAACGUUUUGCUUUGCAGGUUUUUUUGUAGGAACAGGACAGCGUGAGCACUGCUAGGAAAGAGGCUACAAAGAACAAUAUAACUUUGCCAUGUCAGCAUUUUGUGUUACUUGGAUUUUUUUUUCCAGCUUUUUACAAAGCCCUAAUAGGUAUUUUGUUAAGUAAAACAUCUACUAGAAGGGGACUUAUAGUACAUUUGAUAUUGCAGUUAUGUGCAUUCAAUGUUUGGAUAUGGCAAGUACAAGGAGGUAGUGUUACAAUACAUGCAAGAUUUUUUUACACAGUACAUGCAACCGAGAGCACUACCUUCCUGACAACUGAACUCUAAUUCUGCAAGAAUACUUUAUUGAACAUGGACUAUAAAUUGACCAGAUUUAAACAAACGCUUGCUUCCAAGUGUUCUGAACAAAACCUGCUUGUUCCGGUGUAGCUGGGAUGAUAAAAAUCUCACUUUUACAAGAGCGAACACAGUCCGCCCCCUUCUGCAUGAAAUGUGUGCUAUAGAAAUGACUAACUUUUGUUUCACGUAAAUUCGAUUGUGAUCAUGGAUACAGAACCGUACAAAACAUUUGCUUGAAGUGCAAUGUCUUGGCUUUGAAGAUGAAAUAAAUAAAAUGAUGCUGGUCAUUGUCAGGAAACA